ACUUCCUGAAAAUCGUGCCUGCAAGAAGUGAUCCUACUUUUCUUUUUUUUUUUUCCCCCCUCCACAACCAAGUGAGUGACGUCUCACGAAGGAAAGGGGGCUAAAAAAAAACUCGGCGCGCGGUGAAUCCCUCUCGCUGUGACUCAUUCAUUUUGUAUAAACGCGAACCGGUUGCAGUGACGGAAUAGAGAAGCCCCAUCUGACGGCUUUCAUUAGCUGGAUUUUCUCCUGCCUCCUGCACAGUGAAGGCACGUUAGAGCUCACAGACGCGUUUUUUUCCCCCUUUCUUUUUUUCAUUUCUAUCCUUCAUCCUUCCACUGUGGAGAUGAUACGCACCACGGAGACACGGACACCACAGCCGUUCCUGUCCCUGCGCUCCCGUGGAGUUGGACUCGCAGCGGAGGAUGUCUCCCACUUCAGCCGGUCCUAACGUUUAAGCUUCAUUUCUGCAAAGUGACUGAAUCAGUGUUCAACAAGCUGCUGGCAGCAGCGGCGGCGGCAGCAGCAGCAGCAGCAGUAGUCGGGAGAUGGGCGCAGUUUGCCUGAGCCAUCAUCCACCAUCAUCACCACCACACCACUGUCUCCUUUCUUCUUCUUCUUCUUCUCCUUCUUCGGCUCAGCUUGUUCUGUCUCCUCCCUGGUGACAAAGAAUGGAUUCUCAUUAACUAAGUUAUCUCUGCCUUUUCUUGGUUUCUAUCAUUAACUGUCAAUAAUCCUCGGUACAAACUUCCCAUCAUGGCUCGUCCCGGGCUGCUCGGCUGUUUGUGGCGAGCUCUGUGGAUCAUGAGGACGGUGGUGGAUCGUGCGGCGCUGCCACAGGAGACUUACGCGCCUCAUUCCAUUCGGACUGAGGGACACCUGACCCUCGGCGGACUUUUCCCGGUGCACUCGAGAGGGGUAGACGGCGCGCCGUGCGGGGACCUGAAGAAGGAGAACGGCAUCCAGAGGCUGGAAGCCAUGAUGUACGCUUUGGACCAGAUCAACCAGGACGAACAACUCUUGCCCAACAUCACGUUGGGCGCGCGGGUGCUGGACACUUGCUCGAGGGAUACUUACGCGCUGGAGCAGUCGCUGACUUUCGUGCAAGCGCUGAUCACGAAGGACACCUCCGACGUGAGGUGCACCAACGGGGAGCCGCCGGUGUUUGUCAAGCCCGAAAAAGUGGUGGGAGUCAUCGGAGCCUCAGCAAGUUCAGUAUCGAUCAUGGUCGCCAACAUCCUACGCCUCUUUCAGAUCCCGCAGAUCAGCUACGCGUCAACAGCUCCGGAGUUGAGCGACGACCGACGCUAUGACUUCUUCUCGCGGGUGGUUCCUCCGGACUCCUUCCAGGCCCAGGCUAUGGUGGACAUCAUCCGAGCGAUGGGCUGGUCGUACGUCUCCACCAUCGCCUCAGAGGGCAGCUACGGAGAAAAGGGGAUCGAGGCUUUUACGCAACUCUCCAAAGAAGCAGGUGGAAUCUGCAUCGCCCAGUCUUUGAAAAUUCCACACAACCCCAAGCUGGAGGAUUAUGACAAAGCCAUCCAACAACUGCUGGAAACGCAGCACUCGCGGGCAGUCGUCAUCUUCGCCAGUGAGGAAGACAUACGGGGAGUUCUCAAUGCCACCAAGAGGGCCAAUCAGGUGGGCCAUUUCCUCUGGAUUGGAUCUGACAGCUGGGGGGCCAAGAGCAGUGCGAUCCACCAGCUCGAAGAUGUAGCAGUGGGAGCCAUCACUAUUCUGCCAAAACGCUCCUCCAUCAAAGGGUUUGAUGAAUACUUUACUGCGCUCACCCUCGAGAACAAUCGCAGGAACGUUUGGUUCGCCGAGUUUUGGGAGGAAAACUUUGACUGCAGGCUCCUCAGCUCCUCCAAGAGAGAGGACACCAGCCGUAAAUGCACAGGCCAGGAGCGCAUUGGCAUCCACUCCAAGUAUGAGCAGGAAGGGAAGGUGCAGUUCGUGAUUGACGCGGUGUACGCCAUGGCCCACGCUCUCCACAACAUGCACAAGGACUUGUGUCCAGAUCAUCUCGGCAUUUGUCCACAAAUGGAGUCUGCAGACGGGAAGACUCUGCUCAAGUACAUACGAAACAGCAGCUUCAACGGCAGCGCCGGCACCUCUGUCAUGUUUAACAAGAACGGUGAUGCUCCUGGACGCUAUGACCUGUUCCAGUUUCAGAUGACCAAUUCCUCCAUGCCAGAGUAUAAGGUGGUAGGACAGUGGGUGGAAUCCCUUCAGCUCAGGCUGGAGGAGCUUCAGUGGCCAGAUGGGGAGCAGGAUGUGCCCAUUUCUGUGUGCAGUCUGCCCUGUAAAACUGGAGAGAGGAAGAAGAGGGUUAAAGGCAUGCCAUGCUGCUGGCACUGCGAGCUGUGUGAUGGCUACCAGUACCAGUAUGAUGAGACUUCCUGCAGACUGUGUGCCUAUAACAUGAGGCCCAACCCUAACAGAACCUCCUGCCAGCCCAUCCCUAUUGUCAAGCUGGAGUGGCACUCUCCCUGGGCGAUAAUCCCCGUCUUCCUGGCCAUGCUUGGUAUCAUUGCCACCAUCUUUGUCAUGGCUACCUUCGUACGCUACAAUGACACACCUAUCGUGCGGGCAUCGGGCCGAGAGCUGAGCUACGUGCUGCUCACAGGCAUCUUCCUGUGUUACAUCAUCACCUUCCUCAUGAUCGGCAAGCCUGACGUGGCGGUGUGUGCCUUCAGGAGGAUCUUCCUGGGCCUGGGCAUGUGCAUCAGCUACGCCGCGCUGCUCACCAAGACCAACCGCAUCUAUCGGAUCUUUGAGCAAGGGAAGCAGACGGUGACGGCGCCGCGUUUCAUCAGCCCCACCUCCCAGAUUGCCAUCACUUCUAGUCUGAUCUGCGUGCAGCUGCUGGGCGUGCUGGUGUGGUUUGCGGUGGACCCACCAAACACCAUCAUCGACUAUGACGAGCAGAAAACCAUCAACCCCAUGCUUGCCCGCGGCGUGCUGAAGUGCGACAUCACAGACCUGCAGAUCAUUUGUUCCCUGGGCUACAGCAUCCUGCUGAUGGUCACCUGCACCAUCUAUGCCAUCAAGACCAGGGACGUACCAGAAGACUUCAACGAAGCAAAGCCCAUUGGCUUCACUAUGUACACCACAUGCAUAGUCUGGCUGGCCUUCAUCCCAAUUUUCUUUGGCACAGCGCAGUCAGCAGAGAAGCUGUACAUUCAGACGACCACCCUGACCAUCUCCAUGAACCUCAGUGCCUCGGUAGCACUGGGCAUGCUCUACAUGCCCAAGGUGUACAUCAUCAUCUUCCACCCGGAGCUGAACGUACAGAAGAGGAAGCGGAGCUUCAAGGCCGUGGUCACAGCUGCCACUAUGUCAUCGCGUCUGUCCCAGAAACCCAGCGAAAGGCCCAAUGGAGAGGCUAAGACAGAGCUGUGUGAAAACCCCACUGCUGAUCCCAUGAGUCAAGCCACCAAGAAAACCUACGUGAGUUACAACAACCUCAGGAUAUGAUCUGCUCGCAAUUUGUCCUUUAUCUGUGAUUGAAAAGAGAAAAGGGAUGAGUGGUGGAACAGAGAGACACAGUGAGGGGGAGAGAGUGUGAGAGGAGUGAGCAGGCGUCCCAGCACCUGCAGUACCUAUGCACUCCAGGACUGUGGAUAGCAUCCAACCCUUCAUCCAGACAUGAUACAUGAGUCCUGGCAGAAACGAGCACAGCUGUUGGCCAGAGUUACUGGGCCUCCAGAACCAAACUGUAGUUUUGACGCUUGUCUCGUGGCCCCCUUCUCUCUGACAGAGAACAACUUGCCUGCUUAAAGGGGGUCACUGUGAAAGAGGACAGACGAUAGAAAAGAGGAGAAAAAAAAAAAGGCCAAUGGCUCUGCUUUCAAGAUAUUUUCAUUUGAAAUGUCAUUAAAGCCAUAUUCUCUUGCAGUUCCCAUUAUCAGAUUUCUGUUUUGUAUUGUUUGUAUGUGAUUCCUUUUUUUUCCGUGCCUCUCUCUUUUUCCCCCCGACUCGAUUGAAUUACGUUGAACAGCAAGCUCUGCCACACACAGUGUUUUUGUUUUGACCAGAAUCCGCUCAGAUCAGUCCCAGGUGAUUAUAACGUUCGAGUGAUGGGCAUUUGUAAGUAUAUAUUUUUUUUGUAAAUAUUUGAGAGUAUUUUCAUGUUUGGAGUACAACUAUAGAUAUCCAGUCUUUGUUCAAUUGGAUUUGGAUGGUAAUGAAAAGCACCACAAAGUGUUCACUUUGCAUGUGCCAAUGUAUGUCUGUUAUAUUUGAUGUAAACGACGACGACAAAAAAAAGAAGAAAAAAAGAGUGAAAUAAAUUCUGAAAAAUGAUAAUGAGCUUCAGCAUCCUUCUACGCUUUGUUCUCUUCACCAGGACUAAGCUUUGUUUGAAAAAAAGAAGAAGAAGAAGAAGAAAAAAAAAAAAAACGGAAAAUGGCUUUAAUCUGUUGUUGAAUUGACUCCUCCCUCCCAGUCUGCAAGCAUGUUUGUUUUUCAUAGUUUCAUACAUUAUUGGGUGACCGUUACUAUCAGAGCAACCAUGCAAGUAUGUUGUGAUUAUCUGUGGAAUUAUGGACAUGUAAUAAAAAGUCAUUUUGUUAUCUUUUCUACAAAUUAAACCAGACAGCAUACCAUCGUUGUCUCUGUCCCUGUG